AUGUCGUCUCAAUCCGAACAGCCCCUCACAUUCACGGACGAGGACUUGAAAUUGAACUUCAAUGCGACAUUCUGCGACCAAGUCGUGCCCUUCAACAUCUCGGUGAAGCAGGAAUUUAUCGACUUCACGAAGCUCAAGGUUUCUCUCACUCGCUUCACGGACGAUCAAAAAGACCUGGAAGAAUAUGCCGAUGGACCUCCUGAACACUUCGUCAGGAAGAUUACCGCAUUCUGGGAGAAUGUCUAUGACUGGAGGGCUGUUGAAACUGGGCUGAAUGAUGGUUUCAAUCAUUUCACAACAGUAGUUCAAACACCACAGACAUCGCAUCAUGCAUACCCGGAUCCUAUCCCUCUACAUUUCAUCCACCAAAAGUCCUCACAUCCUGACGCAAUUCCACUACUUUUUGUCCACGGGUGGCCAGGAUCCUUCUUAGAAGUCAAAAGCCUCAUCGCACCACUAACAGAGCCACCUGAUCCAGCUCUUCCUGCUUUCCACAUUGUCGCACCCUCAAUUCCCGGUUAUGGCUUCAGCCCUUCUCCUCGGAGGCCAGGUUUUGGAUAUCGUCAAGCUGGCGCCACUUUUCGGGCGCUUAUGUUAAAGCUUGGGUACGACAAGUACGUUUUUCAGGGCGGCGAUGCUGGUGAUCUUAUCAAUCGCUAUGCCGCUGUCGAUUUCCCCGACAAUAUUGUCUCAGGACUCUCGAACUUCUGGGUCUGUCCGCCACGACAAAGCGACCUCGACUUACACGCGCAAGGUCGAGCGUCCGAGGAUGAAAACUACCUCGUCAAUCUAUACCAGAAGUUCGUCGGGACCAGGUGGGGAUACGCCCAGCUUCAACAGACCAGGCCGCUACGCCUAGCAAUUGGAUUAACGGAUAGUCCCAUCGGACUCGCUAUGUGGAUUUACGAUAGUGUUCGGCCUGGUGUUGACGACCCCUCGCUUUGGACGGAGGAGCGAAUCAUCACUUGGACCAUGAUGCACUGGAUCAACGGGCCUUACGGAGCCUUCUCGCUGUACAAGAAUGGUGCCCAUGACGGCGCUAUUUCCCCACAAGGCAUUAACGAGCUUCCCUAUGUAAAUCAACCUGUUGCCAUUUCCGAGUUUCCCUACGAUCUCUGGUACAGAACUCCCUUAAAAUGGGCCCAAAGAUUAGGAAACGUGAAGUACCGCACCGUGCAUACCCGAGGAGGACACUUUGCUACUCUCGAUGCACCCGACCUGCUGAUUGAUGACAUUCGAACAUUUUUCGGUGAUCGGGAAUUGUCUGGCACCAAGGUCUUUGAGAAGACACAGGAUCGAUAG